CAUGGCGAGCCCCCUCUCGGCCGCAGCGUCUCUAAGGAGCUGUCGCGUAGUCGUCACCGGAAUAGGAGCAAUAACACCAUUAGGAAACACGUUUGCGGAAUCUUGGCAAUCUCUCUUACGCAAAGAGACCGGCGUGACAAGCUUGACCGAAGCUUUGUCCUGGCAGGGUCUAUCGUCGGAGGAACUCUUGCAUCGAGAACUCACCGUUGCCGCAACCUUGCCUUGUCAAGUAGCGUCACCCGUACGAUGGCAGCACAAAGAUAGUCGAACCAAUCGGUUUGUGCAGCUGGCGCUUGUGGCUGGACGAGAAGCCAUGCUUGAGUCAGGCCUCGACAAGUGGAUCCAGGCUGGAGAAGGGCAGAUCGAUCGUAGUACAACGGACAAUCCACGGCGUCACCGAAUUGGCGCCUGCAUCGGCAGUGGCAUGUCGGGUGUUCGGGAAAUUGCGCAAGCCGUCAAUUCGAUGGAAACAUCGGGAUUCCGGAAACUCAGUCCUCAUUUCGUGCCCAAAGUUUUGUCCAAUUCUGCGGCCGGACGCCUUUCCAUAGAAUUUGGUUUGCAGGGACCCAAUCAUUCGGCCUCCACCGCCUGUGCUGCUGGAAGUCACGCUAUUGGCGAUGCCUUCCGUUGUAUCCAAUAUGGAAACGCCGAUGUCAUGUUGGCGGGUGGAGCCGAGUCCUGUAUAGAUCCACUCAGUAUGGCUGGGUUUUGUCGAUUGCGAGCAUUGUCAACGGCGUACAACGACACACCCGAGAAAGCCUCGCGUCCGUUCGAUCGCGAUCGGGACGGCUUUGUCAUGGGAGAAGGAGCAGCAAUUUUGGUUUUGGAGCGCCUGGAACACGCCCUUGCCCGUGGUGCUCCUAUAUUGGCCGAAUUGUCGGGCUACGGCUUGACUGGUGACGCGUACCACGUGACCGCCCCUGAUCCUCUAGGAUGUGGCGCGCAACGCGCCAUACAAAUGGCCUUGGAUCAAUCAUUCGGUGAUCGCCGUUACGUGGAGGAAAUGCCCGUCGGAUAUGUGAACGCUCACGCCACGUCCACCCCCAAAGGCGACGAAAUUGAGGCCCGAGUCAUUCAUGAUGUUUUUCGUGAUUCAUCGCCCAAUCUGAUUGUCUCCGGAACGAAAGGCGCAACGGGUCAUUUGCUUGGAGCGGCCGGUGCCAUUGAAGCUGCAUUCACAGUCCAAGCACUUAAUACACGACAGAUACCGCCUACAUUGAAUUUGCAUGAGACCGAUGCCGAAACGGAGCACUUUGGAUUUCAACACGCUCGGGAUACCAUGCAUGUACCGACUCUACAAGUGGCGUUGAGCAAUAGUUUUGGAUUUGGCGGGACGAAUGCAUCUCUUCUUUUUAAAAGAAUAAGUUUUGAGUAG